GGUACAUAAGAUAAUACCUACAGUAUAGAAAAAGAGCAGGCGGAGUCCGGCUGACCAAGGGAAGUUUUUCACUAGGAGGCUGGUCGUGUUCGGGGCAAAAGAACGCAGCGGGGGACACCAGGCAGAGACAGAGACGCCCCUCUCCAGAUCUCUCCGUUACUUUCGAGCUCUUUUCAUGCGCCCACCGCGGCGCACUGACCGACCACGCGGACUAUUAUGGCGAAAAUGAGGGUGUCAUACGAGUACUCAGAGGCGGAGGACAAGAGUAUCCGACUAGGAUUGUUCCUCAUCGUCUGUGGCAUCCUGUCGCUCUUUAUUCUCGGGUUCUGCUGGCUAAGUCCCACCCUACAAAGCAUGCAGAGUAAACCGGCCAACUGCACCGUGGUGUCCGUUCUCCGACCGGAGGAGAUGUUCGAGUGCGUGUUUACGUGCGGAACGGACUGCAAGGGCACGUCGCUGUAUCCCUGUCUGCAGAUAUUCGUCAAUAAUUCCGAGUCUAACUCCCUGGCGCUGCUGCACUUCGAUGAAAAGCAACUGGUGCUGAACCCUAAGUGCUCAUAUGUCCCUCCAUGCGAGAGGGACAACAAGAAGAACAAGGAGGACGUUCUGUGGUGGCAGGACUACUGGACUAAAGAGCUCAGCUCCCAGUCCUUCACCUGCUUCUUCAACCAGCAGAGAAGGCCGGACGAUGUACUGUGGCGUCACUCACACGACGCCAGUGUCCUCCUCCACUGCGUCCUCUGGCCUAUGGUAAGCCUCCUUGUGGGAACCCUCAUCGUCCUGCUCACGGUGUGCGCCCGGAGCCUGGCCGUGCGCGCCGAGGCCAUCCAGAAGAGGAAAUGCUCAUACGAGCUGGCCAACAGUUCAGAGCAGGGCAAGACGACGCCCAACGCUAACACCGCCGCCUCCAGGACCCUGCCCAUGUUUGCCGUCCCGGUACGACGCCGAGACCGGGAACAGGACCACUAGGUUGACCGACGGACAUAACCGUAGGCUGAUGGAGUGCUCGACGAUCGCUCUGUGACGACGGCCGGUGUGAAACGGGUUACCUUAGAGAAGCCAUGUCCUGUUCUGAACUCUUAAUCCGCCCGGGCUCGACCAGGGUUUUGGACGAUCGUGUGCCAGGAACGCUUGUCUAUCGUGGGUUUCUUUGUGUUCUUCUGUGUGUGUAUUAAAAACCGUUGUGCCAGCUUAGCUACCAAUUGGACGGUGCCUGAACCCGGGCCGUAGACAUUCACCUGAUGCUUGGCGUGUGUUUCAAUGUGUGUUGGUUUUGUCUACGAACAAGCAAACAUCUAGAAGACAGCUGCUGCUUCUGUCACUAAUCACGUGUUCCGCAGGUCUUUUCUGUCUUGGGCCUCAGUGUUGAUUGUGCUCUCGCUGAUUAUACGGUUGCAUUCACUGCGGUUGAAGCUGGUCUCAGACGGCCAGUCAAAUGGCUAGCAGAGUUUUUCUGCUAAUAAUUGGAAGCUCUUCAAACUAAACUCGUUGUUAAAAACUCAUUUCCGUAAUAAGGGAACUGUGAGCUCGCCCCGGCUGGGACCACCAACGGGGUAUUGUGUCCACAGCUCUUGCAAACCGGGUCAGUGCUUUCAAAAAAUGUGGUGAGUUGAAUUGUGUCUAUUGUAGGCAUAGCGCUGAGACUUCGAGAACAUCACCUGGUGUGUGUCUUUGCCACGUCCUGGGACUACAGAAGAUUGGGAUCUGUUUACUCGGUUACCGCGGCACAGUAACUGUCCUGUCUUCAGCUGGUAUCAGGAAGUGUUUUGAAAUGCACGUGUCACUGCUGCUGUUUAUGACCAGCAGGAUGAAUAUAUACUGCAACAAUACACAUUUAACUUUUAAACAUUUGUGAAGAACCUUCGGCUUAAAGGUUUUGUGUACUGAAAUUGCUUUGCCUAGUAUGCAGUCUAUGGACAAGGUUGGACAGCAAUUUCUACUUCGGUCUAGUUUUUCUUAAAGAAUGUACCACAUCAUGGAACUUGCUGUACAGUACUGUAUAUUAGCCUUUCCUUAGCUAUAAAUAUAAUUAGCAUUUGAUUGCCUAAUCAUCUAAAAGUAUCUAACACUGACUAUGUAGUUCAUCAAAGCAACAUGUAGACGAUCUGGAUAAAUGCUUAUGCACUAUAAGAACUGGAA